UCGCCAGUGAAAAGUGGAGUACAGCUCCCCUCUCGCAAUAAGUUGCUAUCGAGAUUAACGAUAAAUGGGGAAUCACCGCGUUAUUUCGUCGUAAUACAACGACUCUUGCAAAUGUUAGCCAGGAGUGGCACCGAAAAUACGUGUCACUUUUCGCCGAAAUAACUCGCGUGAGCGUAUCCGGGGCGUACUUGUAGCUGUUCUCGGACAAGAUGUAAGAGGUUACCUAACCUCUCGCAUCCACGACGAGUGAACGCAUCUUCGGCAGAGCAGAGGCGAGGAGGAGGUCGACGGAGUCGCGUGACGCUUUCAGAAGCGACGCGAUCACGGAGCGUCGAGCCACGCUUGUCACACCUCGGUUCUAAGCGAGUCGCGCGGGUCGCCCCGUCGACCGACGUGUCGCACGAUGAACGACAUCGAGAACGGGGAGACCGACACCUUCGGAUCGUACUGCGCGCUGCUGGUCGCCUUCAAGACCAUGAAGGAACGUUGCCAGCAGCUGCAGACGCGACUGGCGACGGUGGAGGAGGAGAACAUGUGUCUCAGGCUCGAGUGCGGCAGGGACAUGACCACGGCUAUUGUCAAAGUCGACAAGAACGACAGGUCGCCGCUGCAAUCUCUGCAGGAAAAGAUAGAGGAACUGACGAAACAAAAGUCUCAGCUGUCCCAUCACGUUUUCAUGGUGGCCGCGGAGAAUCGUCAGUUAUGGAACAGAUUAACAAGAUUGACAAAAACUAACAAGUCAUUAGGUAGCCAAUUGACUAAGAUCUCGGACACGCUUAAGCAACAUCCCACUAUGCAGUCGUCCGAUAUUAUUACAUACAACUUUCGCGAUGUGUCUGAUUUGGACAAACAGGAGGCCAAGACGUACUUACUAACUACGGAUGGUGAAAAGGAGCAAAGCUUGGAAGAAAUAUCUCUUAGGCUAAUAAAUAGUAUUAUGCUGGAGAAGUCCGAUCUCGAACAGCAGUAUGCAGAGAUGGUGGAGUUACACAAUAGUUCCGAGUUAAAUUUACAAGCCGUCGGUUUUACGUAUCCAGAAGACUCAGACACUGAUUCGCUGGAGCAACUGAAGCAGCACGAAAUUCGGUUGUCUCAAACUAAGGACGCCUUACUUGGGCAGCAAACUAGGUUGAAAAGGGCAUUACAGAAUUUAAAAAAAAUGGGAAAAGGGGCGAUAUGUAACAAUUGUCGAAAAAAUGCGAAUAAGAAGAUGUGCCAAACGGGUACGCAAUUCGACUCUGAUGACAGUUUCAAAGAACACGGAGCUACUCAGACUAGUCUCAUGACUCCCAGUCUUUCUAUGGAAAAAUGUCCUAAUCAGAACGACAACGUGGACAAUAUGUGCCCGUUGUGCGGGAUUGCCUUCGGAAAGUGCGUGCCGUUUCCGGAUUUUCACGAACACGUCUUAAGUCAUUUCACCAAGGAAGUGUCCACAGAGGAUUUCGAGCUUAUACAUUGAUUGUGGCAGUCGAAACCAGUGAUAAAUUGUUACACACGUGAAAUUUUCUUCGGACUUCAACGUGUAUAAAAGAAAAUUACGGUGAUAGGGAAUACGAAAUAUUGAAAUAGAUAAAAUAUCGCUCGACCGUAGUGUAAAUUAUAUGACAAUACUGCGCGUUACAGAAGUAUUUUUUGUUAAUAUUAUCCUCGUACGAAGCUGAUUAUUCUAGAAUCUGUAUUCAACUUAGUUGAGGUUAGGGAAUAUAAGAAAAAAUGUGAGCGAUCA